AUGUUUGAUAAGGAAGCUCAAAAUGAUAAAAUUAAGGUUAAUGAAGAAGAAAUAACAGCUGACGGAGAAACUAGCGAAGAAGGAAGUACUAGGAAUGAUGCCGGUGAAGAAAGUACAACUAACUCUGCUGAAGAAGAAUCAAUUACAGAUGAAAUCAGCUCAGAAAUGACAAAUGAGAACAUUAGUGAACCAAUAAUGGAGAAUGAAAUAACAAUCGAGUCAAACAUUACAGACGAUGUCAAAACUGAGGAGAAAUCUAAGCUUCGUUUUAUUAGAAAUCCACAUUAUGAUUCGAAGUUGACUCCAAAAUGGUAUGAUAUCCGCUCAAUCAAAGAAUUGAUAAACAUUUUGGAAUCUGAGCAGUUUGAAAAAAGGAAAUAUUUAGUGGUUGAUUCUUAUUUAGCUAAUGUUGCUAUUGACCUAAGCUUUUUAGAGGGAUUGAGAGAGACUUGUAAGUGUGCUGUCAAUAUUUACAAAGGAGAUCAAUUUAGAGAAGUCCAUAUUUAUACUGGAUGCAUAUAUCAUAAAAAGAAAAAAAGAGUAUCAAAGUUCUGUGACAAAUUUGGAAAACCAAUAGAGUAUUGUAUCUAUUGUGUUCCCAAGGGUCUUGACUUUGAAAACGACCCUCCACCAGCAGGUACAUUCAGGGAAUAUUUCAUGUUCCAUUUAACACUUAAAGAUGAUAACGAUCAGACAUCAAUUAAUCGGAUCACCAGCUUCAGUGAAUUUACAGAAAAUGUGUUACUUCCAUAUGAAGCAUUAAGUGCAUCAAAUAUAAUGGCAGGCCUUGAUGAAGAGGGUAGUAAACUUCUGGAGAAAGGUGGAGUUGUUGAAACCCGUCUUAGUUCAAAAUUUAAUUUUUCAGUCAAGACUACAAAGUCUUAUUACAAAGCGGAAAAUGGUGAAUUACUGUACGGUCCCUCCCAUGUCGUGGAACAUAUUGAGAUUGUUGAAUAG